ACUGACUUUCGUUUCCCUGGUGAAACUUUUAUAAAUACCACCAGCUUGUGUCGUGUAAAGGGGAACUGAUCUGCAGACUGCUCUGUGUUUCUGAGCCUCAGGUGGACUAACUUCACUCUGCUGUCUGCGUGGGGCAUGAUGGAGGCAACAGAGCAAGAAGAGCUCCUCAGAGAGGCUGAUCACCUUGUAGCGCCUCCUAAUGGAGACCUGAAUGAACUGCUGGAUGUGGGGCAAGAUGACAAUAUGCAUGGCCAGAUGGAGGAGUUUCUGGCCCCGGGGGCCGAGUACAAUGAGGAGGAGGAGGAGAGGAAGUACUACAGAAGGAAGAGGUUGGGAGUCAUCAAGAAUGUUCUUGCAGCCAGUAUUGGAGCCAUGAUCGUAUACAGUGUGUACAUGGGCCUACUGCAGAUGCAGCUUAUCCUUCAUUAUGAUAUGACCUACCGUGAGGUGAAGUACAGCAACCUUGGCCUGGAGGACAUUGACCGUAAGAUGCUGAUGGGCAUCAAUGUCACGCCCAUCAUAGGCCUGCUGUACACCCCUGUACUCAUCAGGUUUCUAGGUACUAAGUGGAUGAUGUUCCUGGCUUCAGGAAUCUACGCACUGUUUGUCUCAACCAAUUACUGGGAGCGUUACUACACCUUGGUUCCAUCAGCCGUCGCUAUCGGUGUGGCCAUUGUGCCGCUGUGGGCGUCCUUAGGAAGUUACAUCACCAGGAUGGCGCAGCAGUACUAUGAGUACGUUAACUACAAGGAAGAACACGUGCAGGAGCAGAAGAAGCUUCCUAAAGGAGCGUGCCACAAAUACAUCAUCGUCUUCCAGUCAGUCUUCAACAUCAUCUUCCAUCUGAGUUUUGUCUUCGCCGAGUUCCCCAUGCGUCUCGUCCUCAACGGCUACCUGCAUGAAAACAAACACAUUCUCUGCAAAGUCAAACACUGUGGUGCAGUAAUCAGUGGAGUGAUCCCCGGCUUCAACACCACUGUGCUGACUAACCUGCCACGCUCCAUGCUGCUCAUCCAGGUGGAGAGCGUCCUCAUGGGCUUCGCCUUCCUCUCCAUGAUCAUCUUCCUUGUGUUGUGCGGUGCCGCUUACCGCCCGACAGAAGAGAUCGACCUCCGCAGUAUCGGCUGGGGAAACAUCUUCCAGCUGCCUUUCAAACACCUGAGAGACUACCGCCUGCAACUGCUCUGCCCCUUCUUCAUCUACAGCGGAUUUGAAGUGCUGUUUGCCAUCACUGGAUUCUCCCUGUCCUAUGGCGUAUGUGUGUUGGGCCUAAAAAGUCUGUGGCUCCUCAUUGUCGUCUAUGGCCUCUCCUGCUCCGUCUUCUCCUCCCUCUCCUUGUGCCUCCUACGACUCCCACGCUGGCUGUGUCUGGUGGGGGGCGCUGCUGUGCACUUUGUGCUGCUGAUUACUCUCAUGGCGUUGAGUCCAACUCCUAAAGAUCAAGAGUAUCUGGGCCCUUUGCUGGUGAUCACUGUGCUGUGGGGACUCGGCACCGCCCUGAACAAGACGGGCGUCAGCACCCUGCUUAGUAUGCUGUAUGCUGAAGAAAAAGAACGUCUGGACUUCGUCUACACUAUCUAUCACUGGUGGCAGGCCAUCGCCAUCUUCAUAGUCUACCUCUGGUCCAACCUGCCUAUGAGGGCCAAACUCUCCAUCCUGUUGGCCACUUUACUCCUGGCCUGCUACUGCUAUUGGGUGAUGGAGCGUCGCCUCGCAAGAAAUGUGAUUCCCAGACGGCCUCGGAUCCCUCGGCCAAGGCACAAGGUCAAAGGCUACCGCUACCUGGAAGAGGACAACUCAGAUGAGUCAGACUCUGAGAGAAGUGAGGAGGACGAGGAGGAGAAGAUGGAGGACGAAGACCAUGUGGCGGAGGAGAUCGGAGCAGAGGGCAGGGAGGAGGGGGGCCAGGACGCAGGGGCCCAGGGAGCUGACUCACCCGGUGCCAGGAGGAGAGGGGCUGAGGGUCACCGCCGCAGACGGGAGGACGACCGUAAGAGGGAAGGAGAAAGGGAAGAGCGUGAGGGAGGGUGAGAGAGGACAAAAAGGAGGAGAAAGAGGGAGAGAUGGUGGACAGAUGACAGAGAUACAGGAGAAUCGGAGAAAUGCUGGAAGUUGUUGUAUUCAUGAAACUGUUCAUAUUUUUACAGAUUUUUUAUCCCUCAUGUAAUUCUUAUAUACUACACUAAACAGAACACACAUUUUUCUGUCAUAAGCUGUGCUUAAAAGGCUGUUAUUCGCUGUACAACUUCACAACAGUGAUCCAGACAAAAAGUACAGCAACUGGAAAUACUAUAUUGCUAUAAAAUAAGAGGCAUCAUAAAGGGUAUCACACACUGGAUAAAACAAGACUGUAACUCAGAUACAGCAAGAAUACUUGUUUUUCUUCCUUUGCUGCACAGUUUGUGGCUUUACCAAAUGUGCCAAUAGUUACUGAGGGCGUUGUAGCUGCUUUUUGUACUUCAUCAAUUAGAAAAAAAUAUUCUGUAAUAAUAUGCACUUAUCUGCAAAAACAGAACUGAAAGCAACAGAAAAAGAAAUGAGGAAUUGAUUUUCUCUGUUUAUCCCGUAGGGCGAAGUGUGUUUUGAUGGAGUCACUUUUAGAGAGCCUGCAAGGUUCUGCCGGAUGUGAACAGCGUAAACAGCCAUAGCUAUAUUUGUCCUUUUUUGUCUCUGUUUACCUUCAACCCCUCAACUUAUGCACAUGUAUUAGAGAAAAGAAGCUAACACAUGAUAUUAUCAGACGCUCAGACAUGUGUCUGUUGCCUGAUGUAUCUCUUGGGCUGAGUUAAACGUGCUUUUUGCAGAAGCUAAAUAUGAAUAUGACUGUAUGAAUGUAUGUUUAUUCUU